AGCAUUUGUUCCUUUUUAACAGAGCUUUCCUAAUCAUGCCUGUCACAAAGGCCACUUCAUCUCGUAUUGCUGAUGGGAAUCAAGAGCAGGGUCAGGAUGAUAGGCGGGUGGUUCAGCAACCACGCCCAUCAACAAAUGUUUUCAAUGAUUUCUUGCAAGGGCUCACCGAUCCUAGCCUUGCAUCCUUAGUCCAAGUCAUCUGGGCCUUGCAUGAAGACCAGCAAAGGACUACUGAGCUCCUUAACAAUAUUCAAACGCAACAUGUUGUGCAAGAUUUGGCUCAGCCAAUCAACAUCACUGGGAUGCCCCAGCCACAGGAAGUUCAUAUUGGGGCUACCAAUGGAAAUGGAGAAAUUCUAUCCAAGCCAUACCCAAAGAAGUACAACAAUCUUGCAUUCCCACAAUAUGAUGGGAAGAAGGGUAGUGUUGUGGAGCACGUCAGCAAGUUUCUUGACGCCAUGGGAGCUUACGCUAGAGAUAGAGAUUUGUGUUUAUGCGAGUUCUCAAAAUCUCUCUCAGAUAAAGCUUACACAUGGUACACCACUUUGCUUCCUGGUUCGAUCCGCUCUUGGGAUGAGAUGCCCAAUGAUGAUGACAAAUGCAACCCCAAGUAUUGUCGCUACCAUCGCUUUGUCUACCAUGUGACCAUGGAUUGUUUUUCCUUGAGAAGGAUAUAUCAUCGACGGGUUUUAGAAGGGUUGUUAGAGGUGCCAAAUAGAAGAAAAAGGGUGGAAAAAGAUCCUCUUCCACGCCAUGCUCAAGGCAUUGUCAAUAUUCUCACUCACAUAGAGAACGCUGGAACGAGCGCAUCGAUCAUCGAAUUUCACGAUGAUACACCCACUUUCUCUGUCCGUGCAUUCCAACAAACUCCGAAGUUCAAAAUGCUAUUUGAUCAACUUGGUUUCACUACUGAGGCCAUACUCACCAUCGCCAAUGAGACCGGAGGAGAAUGUCUCAAUGUCGAGGCACAUGCUAAUCGUGCUUAUCUGGAGUCUUCUAACGCCAUCACUUUCAUUGACCAAGAUAUGGAGGCACCAUAUCCUGACCAUAGGAAGCCUUUUUACUUAUCUGCCCAGAUUAACUUUAUUAGUGUUAGGCAUGCACUUGUUGAUAUUGGAUCUUUUCUCAACCUAAUACCAUUGAACACCAUUACCGUUGCAAGAAUUUCUCAACGAAGGAUCAUCAGGUCCUUGCUCAGUAUCGUCGGCUUUGGUAGUAGCAAUGAACACGCCUUAGGAUACAUCCAACUUGAAUUAAAGGGUAGCCCUAUCGUUAGUAGUGUAACUGCAUCCUCAGAUCACUUCUUCUUCACCACUAGAAAGAAUAUCUCAAUUGAUGAACAAGAAUUCUAUGACGGAACCGAAUUCCUCGCUUUUGAAGUGGGAAAUAAAGUACUUGUUAAGCACUUAAAUCCUGCUGGUGAAGCUGAUCACCUAGUACCACCAAAUGAAUUACCGACCCUUCAUGAGGCUCAACCAGCACUUACUUAUCUGGAGCCCCUCAAAGCUGUUAAUCUUGGAAGUAACCUAACAAACCCCAAGAACGUGCAUGUUAGCGCCAUGCUUUCUGUUGACAAAAGUGCCAAAAUAGUCGAUCUACUAUGGGAGUACAAAGAUGUUUUUGCCUGGCAUUAUGAUGAAAUGCCUGGGCUCGAUCCAACCUUGGGGGCGCAUUUUUUGAAUGUUGAUCCUAACAUGAAGCUAGUUGUAUCAAGUGCUGCAUUGACUUUCGCGACCUCAACAAGGCUUGUUCCAAACAUGGAUGUGUUAAUGGAUAAUACGAUUGGUUACGAGAUGUACUCUCUGAUGGAUGGCAGCAGGGGAUACAACAAAGUCAGUGUGUUGCCUAACGAUGUGGAGAAAAUUGCUUUUCACACUCCUAUUAGCAAUUUCAACUAUGUCGUCAUGCCAUUUGGGCUCAAAAAUGCUGAGGCUACUUAUCAAAGAGUCAUGGUGGUGAUCUUUCACAAUUUCAUUCAUAUAUAUAUUGAGAUUUACAUUAACGAUAUUGUGGUAAAAUCAAAGACGAGGCUGGGCCAUUUUAAUGUACUAAGAAAAGUCUUCGAUAGAUGCCGCUUGUACAAGCUAAAGAUGAACCCAGCGAAGUGUGCAUUUGGUGUCUCCGUAGGAAAAUUUCUAGGCUUCCUUGUGAGCAAACACGGUAUCAGUGUAGACUCAGCCAAAUUCAUUCCUUCGUUGGAAGAAAUUUUGUCCACGUUUAGCUCUUUAUUGAAGCAAGAAGCUGCUUUCACAUGGACAGAGGAGCAGCAAUGUGCUUUCUUGCAUUUGCAAAGUCUCAUGCUUAAGCUCCCAACCAUAUCUGUCUUUGUCCAAGGCAAGCCACUUAAAGUCUAUUUAUCUAUGUUUGACAAAGCUGGGCAAGCCGUUGCAGAUCUAUUGUCUGAGUUCUCUGACGAAGUCCAGUACCCUAUCUCUGAAGAAGUCCCAAGUGGUGAAGUUACCAUUGUACAGAAAAUUGAGGAAGAAUGGACACUAUACUUUGACGGUUCUUCUACGGUUGAAAGGGCUGGGGUUGGGGCUGGCGUUGUCCUUAGGGAUGACACAAGUCAUGACAUGGUAUUCUCAUUUAAGCUUGAUUUUCAGUGUAUAAACAACACCGCAGACCAACGCUUAGAGCAGUCCUUUGCCAGCAUCAGAUAUGAGCAAGUACCACAGAUGGAGAAUCGAUUGGUUGGCGCCUUAGCCACAAUCGCCUCAAAGGUGCCCAUGAUCGAGAUUCCCUUUAGCGUCCAGAUUGCCCAAAAAGAGCAACCCGUUUAUCGUAGUUGCAAGUCUAUGUUGCUUAAGCUCCCUGAUCGUGCUAACUGGCGGCACAAAAUCUAUAGCGCUAUACUGCAACAAAAAUCUGAUAUACCUUUGAAAGACUUACCUAACUAUAUCCUUGUUUUUCUUGAACUAUAUUAUCGCCUCCCUAGUGGAAUCUAGGCCAAGUGCGUCAGUGAUAAGGAGGCUUACCAUAGGCUUAGGGAGAUACAUGAUUGUGCAUGCAGCCAUAACAGUCGUAUAAGUCUUUAUUGACGUAUCCAAUGAGCAAGGUAUUACUGGCCACACAUGGCUCGGCAAUCUACUGAGUUCCAGCAGCAAUGUUGAUCCUGUCAGCAAGUUUAUUGUCAAAAUGAAGAGUGCUUCUUUGC